AGGUUUUGUGGGAGAAGAAGCAGAGGAAGGUCUUGAGCUGAAGAGUAAGAGGAAAGAGAAGAAAGAGCUUUGGUGAUUUAGAUGACUUUUGAAUUGUAAAGAAGAUCAGAGAUUGAAUUUGGGGAGGGAAAAUUUGAAAAGAAGGGCUAGAGUUAAAAGAGUAGAAACAUUAGCAUAAAAGGACUCACAUUGAAAGAAAAAUAUUUGAGGAGAAGGAGAAAAAGAGGAGGAAAGGGACCUGAAGAGGAGAAGGAGGAGGAGCAAAAGGAGAAUGAGAAGGAUUCUGAUUGAAGGAGAAGGACCAUUGAAAGAAGAGAAAGUGGAAGAGAAGUAAUAGGAAGAUAAGACUUAAAGGAAAAGAUGGGCUUAGGUCAUGAGCAAGGAUUUGGUGCCCCCUGCUUAAAAUGCAAGGAAAAAUGUGAAGGAUUCGAGCUACACUUCUGGAGGAAAAUAUGCCGCAACUGCAAAUGUGGCCAAGAGGAGCACGAUGUUUUCAUGAGCAAUGAGGAAGAUAGGAAAGUGGGAAAACUUUUUGAAGAUACCAAAUAUACUACCCUGAUUGCAAAGCUGAAAACAGAUGGGAUUCCUAUGUAUAAACGCAAUGUUAUGAUCUUGACCAAUCCUGUCCCUGCUAAGAAGAAUGUCUCCAUCAACACGGUUACCUAUGAAUGGGCUCCUCCUGUCCAGAAUCAAGCUUUGGCUAGAAGAUAUAUGCAGUUGCUUCCAAGGGACAAACAACCUGUGGCUGGCUCAGAAGGGGCCCAGUAUCGGAAGAAGCAAUUAGCUAAGCAACUCCCUGCUCAUGAUCAGGAUCCUUCAAAAUGUCACGAAUUGACUCCCAAUGAGGUGAAGCAGAUGGAACAGUUUGUGAAGAAAUACAAGAAUGAGGCUCUCGGUGUUGGGGAUGUCAAACUUCCAAGUGAGAUGGAUAUCAAAGCUUUUGAUACAAGUACACUUGAUGGAGGGCACAGGGGCACUACAGCUUCCGUGGGAGCAAUGGAGGAUAAAUCAGCAGAGCAAAAAGAGGACUAUUCCUGCUAUUGCUGCAAGCAGAGCAUGAAAGAAGGUGAUCCCGCAGUUUACGCUGAGAGAGCUGGGUAUGACAAAUUUUGGCACCCUGCCUGUUUCGUUUGCAGCACCUGCAGUGAGCUUCUGGUGGACAUGAUCUAUUUUUGGAAGAAUGGGAAACUGUAUUGUGGCCGGCAUUACUGUGACAGUGAGAAACCUCGGUGUGCGGGGUGCGAUGAGUUGAUAUUCAGCAAUGAAUAUACCCAGGCAGAGAAUCAGAGCUGGCAUCUGAAACAUUUCUGCUGCUUUGAUUGUGACUGCGUUCUUGCUGGGGAAAUCUAUGUUAUGGUCAAUAACAAGCCCAUAUGCAAGCCUUGCUACGUGAGGAACCAUGCUGUGAUUUGCCAAGGGUGUCAUAAUGCAAUUGAUCCAGAAGUACAGCGAGUGACUUACAACAAUUUUAACUGGCAUGCUACUGAAGAGUGCUUUCUCUGUUCCUGUUGCAGCAAGUGUCUGAUUGGUCAGAAGUUUAUGCCAGUAGAAGCAAUGCUUUUCUGUUCAGUAGAAUGUAAAAAGAUGAUGAUGUCUUAAUGAGAAAGCACUAGAUAAUUCUGAGCCAUUGCUGUCUUCCAAAGUGGUCUGCAUUUCUACUGUAAAAUGGAAUUUGGGCAUUUGCAAAAAAUAAAAAAGAGGAAAAAAACCCUAGAAUAAAUUGAGAAAUUUUUAUUUGUUUCUCUUUCCCCUUUUUCUUUCUGCCUUUGCUUUCAUCUUUUAGAAUUUGUAUUAAGUACAUAUUCAAUUCUAAAAUAGAUGAAAAUGGCAUAUUUGAUAUGGGGAAGGCCAAGUAUUUCUUUAUUUGUUUCUUCCCUUCCCCUCUCCCCCUUCAUUUUUAAGAAUGGAAGGAAGCAACUUAGUAAAAAAACAUGUAUGUAUCCUCUCUCAGUCCCUUUUUAUACAGUUUUCUGAUGGUGUGUAAUGAUGAGCUUUUCUGACAGUAGGAAGGAAUUGAAAGAUAUACUUAGUGCUUAUGAAACAAGCAUCUCAGAAAAAUUUCUGUCAUUUAUUUCUAACCUCUGUAUAUUCACUGCCUGAUGAUGUAAGCAGAUAUGUAUCAUUUUCUUUUUUGUUUUGAUCAUUGUUUUCUACUUGGAACUCCUCAACUUCACAUCCCUAGUCUAGUAGUAAAUUUUUCUAAUCAAUGACUUGCCCUUGAGCUAUAGAUACCAUUUUGGGGGGUGGUAUUUUUGUACAUAGUACAGAAAUACCUACUUUACAAUUUCUAUAGAUGGGUCUUGGGCUUUUUUUUUUAAAGGUGAUGUUUGAAUUUCAGACACUCAGUUACAGAAUGUUGUCAAUUCUAAGAACAUCUGUGUCUAUAUCUUAAGGUGUAUACCGUGGAGCCACAAGAACUUGUGAAAUGUAUUAAUUGCCAUUGGCAGAUUUGGAAUUUGAUAAAUCCUUGUAUGUUUUUUUUUUUCUAAAUGAUAACUGUUCUGUGAUGAUUUAUAAUAAUGCUUAUUGGUGUGCCUAAUUUCUUUUUCCUCAGAAAAUGUGUGUGUGUAUUAUAAACAAUUAUGUAGGAUAUUAUUUACAAAAGCAUCCAAAUUAUACAUACCUUAGAGAGGUGUAUUUGUGCAUGUUAUAUCAAAAUAAAAAAAAUCUUUGAUCACUUUAA